GGAACCAUGGUGCUGUUGGUUCUACUGUACACUCUGGUGUUGGUGAUAGUGGUACAGUACUUACAGUUCAGAUGGCGCUACAGGCGUGUCCUGGCCCUAGCGGCCAAACUGCCGUGUCCACCAUCUCUGCCCCUCCUUGGCAAUGCACUGCUCUUCAGAGGAGGACUUACCAAUAUGACCAAACAGGUGAUAAAAUACACGACACUGUAUAAAGAGUUAUUCUGCAUGUGGGCUGGACCCGUUCCAGUUUUUAUUGUAACGGAACCAGGAGAUGUUCAGGUAAUUUUAAAUAGUUCCAACACUCUGGAAAAAGACGAUGUUUACUCAUUUGGACGGCCAUUUUUGGGAAACGGACUUCUUACUGCACCUGUGCCAUUGUGGAAGAAAUAUCGUCGCUUGAUGAACCCAGUGAUGCACCCUUCAAACGUAGAGACUUUUCUGCCCGUAUUCAACGAAGUUGCGAGGAACUUUGUUGACAUGUUGAUGAAAUCUAAAGAGCCAACAUAG